CGGCACAAGCCAAGAGAGCAACCACCCGCGAAGAACUACCGUUGGUCGUUGGCAACUUGUAUGAGACAAGUAUGUCCCUAGCCUGUACUUCCUUAUCGUUUGUUUUGCUUGAGGAUGUUCAGAAAUUCUUCAACGAGAACUCGGCACAAACACCUUCGUACGAAAGGAUAGAUGAGAAGUUUCCUCUGCUCCAACAAGUCUUACUCCCCAUCUGGGACUGGUAUGGUAAUUAUGCUUUCCAAGCUGGGCGCGCAUAUCUCGAAGGUUUAGUCAGCCUUGAGCAUCAUAUGAAGUCGAUAACUCGACUUGCGCAAUUCUUGACAUCUCCAAAGAAUCUCCCUUGGAUCACGGCUACACUGCACACAUAUGGGCAGCAUGACCUAUCUGUGCUAUUCACUCGCAUUGGGCUUUGCGUUGCUCUCUCCAAAGACGUGGAUAUUUCUGGGGACAACCUCGCUAUUUGGAGGGUUCUCUUUCCAGACUCGAUCGACUUUUGGCUUAGCGAAUUCUACACCCUUGCGAAACGUCUGAAGUGGCGCUUCAGAUUCUAUGAGGUUGUCAGGAAUGGCGAAAUAUUUUCAAAUGAGACAACCGUGUCGGAGACUGGAGAUGACGGUCUGCUCGGUCCUUAUUCACUGGAGAUCUUGUCUACGCUGGAGAACUGGUCCUUCCCGGAAUAUGGCUACUAUGAUGACUAUGGAAUCCAUUUCUCCGGACACGAAGAGAAUGAUGAGAAGGUGUCCGAAGUUAUUGACAAGGCUCUUGAAAGUCAUGUCAGUAACGCUAUGUCGGAAGGAAACGGAGGAAUUGCACCCAGCGGUUCCGAAAGCGAUGAAGCUGAUGCUUUUGCUCACCGUUUACGUCCAGACCUCAAGAAUGCCGAGACAUCUCAGACCUACGUUCGAGCUCGGCAACUCUUCCGUGAUGGUGAGUGGGAUCUGUGGUGGUUUUCGUACAAGACGGGAAAGAUUUACCAGCGGCUAGGCCGCUGCCGAGGUUUCCCAGGCUAGUGAAUUUGUUACGGCUGUAACCCAGAUCGGAAGACAUCUGGAGAUCGACCUUGACCCUGUCAGCCCGAGCUGCUAUCAGCUGACUACUGGUGUGAGGCCUGAGACAGAUUGUAACAUGAGCACGUGAUCAGAGGACCACGUGAUGAGUUAGCAAGUCAGCAAGCUAAUGAUGAGUUAGUGAAGGACUAACUCGCAGAGCCAGUUGAACCAGAAUGUAUAUAAUGACUUACGAACAUCUCUUAAAUAGUCUUCAUAGUCAAGCUCACUUUUUCCUCGCGACGCAUA